UUAUUGUGUAUUUUCAGGUGAUGUGAUAAGGGAUCUGUUCAGGUACCAGCAUGCUUCACUCACUCCACUCCUGAUGCAUUCUGGGAAACACCAUCCACUGCAACCAGCCCCUCACAUGAACAAAUCAACAUCACCUAGUUCAUACCAGAGACAAAAUAGAAAAGUAAAAAAUAAGGUCCAGUGUACAUUGUGCCUAAAGGCCUUCAGGAGCCAGGCUCACCUUUCUAUUCAUAUGAAUUCACACACUGGGGAUAAACCAUUUAAAUGCAAUAUUUGUUUCUGUGCCUUUGGACAUCCAUUUGCAUUGACGAGGCAUAAUAGAAAAUUUCAUGCAUCAACUUCUGCCACACAAAUGUCUUUACCUCAGUAAUCUUUGUUAUAAAUUUUCCAUUAAAAAACAUGUAGAAAUUUAUUUUAACAGCUGGACCCAGAUGUCAUUUUUAUGAAAUAUAUACAUCAAACAAGUUAAUUGUUGCUUGCUUUAAACCAAGACAAAAUGUCAAGUUUAAACGUUGGCAUAUAAUAAGCAAGUGGUAUACGGCACACAUAAAGCACUGAGCCUGAUGCUUGAAUAAUUUUCGCACAUGGAAAAUAAUUAUAAAAAAGGAAAAAGAAUUCAACUGCAGGCAUGCAGGGUAUUGACAUCUUGCAAUUCCAAUCAAGAUGGCUGUUCUGAAAAUGUACAUUCAUCCUUUCAAUCUUAUUAUCCUACCGAACCAAGUUCAAGGGGAUAGAGAAAAACCGUCCCUCUUACUCAAAUACCAGGUGACAGAUUUCAUUCAAGUUUUAUAGGCUUAUGCC